AAUUAAGAUAUUGAUCAUCCAUGGGAAGAGGAGCAGCAGCAGCAGCGAGGAAGGGGCGGAGGGAGGCGGCGCCCCGGCAGCGCGGGUCGUCGCCGUCUUCGGACGAGGAGGAGGAGAGGGCCGGUGGUGCCCCGGAGGACGUGCCGAGGGGUCACUUCGUGGUGUACGUGGGGGCCAACCGGAGGCGCUUCGUCCUCCCGAUCGCGUACCUGGACCGGCCGGACUUCCGGCGGCUACUCCGGCAAGCGGAGGAGGAGUUCGGAUUCAAGCACCGGAUGGGGCUCACCAUUCCCUGCGACGAGCUCGCCUUCCGCUCCCUCCUCCUCGCCUGACGCCGGCAUGCGCCACCACCAAACUGCGCACGUACGCCCACGUAUGAUAAAUUGUAAUGCAGCCAGCAAGCGAAAAUAAAAUAA